AGUUUCCAACAUUAUAUGAUUAAAAGGUUUGUCGUUGUUUUUAACGAAUAUUCGAGAGGUUUUGUGGGAGAAAAUGGGUUGGACAAGCUUUUAUUUCAUCGCGUUCGGACUCCACUGUGGCUUUGCAGUCUCGCUGGUGGGAGCUAGUGCUCUAAAGGGGGCGUCCGUUCCGUGCGGCGACACGUUUUGUCAGCAACCGGGAUACGAGGCGUGCUUGCUGCCACCGAAAGUGACGAACGCCUUUUGUUGCCCGUGUGAACGUUUUGAAGAUCCGUGUGACAGGGUCACCCCUCAACAAGGAUGUCAUUUGUUUUGCCAGGAUAAGGUAAUCGUCGAGAGGGACAAAGAAUGUAACAAGACUAUGGCAGAGCUUGAAAGGCAGCGUCAGGACCUUCGGGGCAGCAACCAACGAGAGAUUGGUAAAUACCGGGACACGGUCUUGGAACUGCAACGGCGGAUACAAGCAGUAGUAGGCGUCGCCGGUUUAACGGGGUCCCUGGCACUGAUUGUGUUGGUCGCCGGGACCCUGUUUUACUUGUGUCGACGGCGGCUGAAGACCAAGCCAAGGGAAGGUCCCUCCGGCGAACCAGAAAAUCCUGACGAAGUUACACUGCUCAAAUCGGUCGCCUCCUCAUAUGUCACGAAUGUGUCCGAAGAUUCCGGCGAAGGCUCCGGAAACUACUCGUCGGCCGGCAGUAUUAGCUCGGGGGAUGCCACGCCCAGUUGGACGAGCUCACAACCUCCGACAUGCACCCCGGUCCUUUCCGGCUCAAGUUUAGGGAACGGCCAAUGCAGAGAUGGUCGGCUAACCAUGAUAUCGCCCACACAGGGAGAUACCCCCAAAUUCUGUCCUUCAUGACUCUUAUCAUUAUAACAUUUACGACUUGAAAUCAAUUUGAGACUGACGGACAGAAAAUUUAACAGAAAUUUAAGUCAAUUUAUUUUUUAAGUAAUUUCAGGUCUUAAAGCGUUUGCAAGUCAUCAAAAAACAGUGAAUGACGUAGCUAGCCAAUAAACGGCAGCCAACACCAUAGUCAUGUCCGUUCGUUUCAACCAAAACAAAGGCGGAGGCAUUCGUAACAAUUCGGCCAUCUCCGUGAUAGUGGCCAAGGUGUUCCGAUUGGGGCGGAGUCUACGAGGAGAGUGUCGAUCGCACAAAGAAUUAUCCGGUGUUUGUUUGUAUGCAUGUACCGUCAAACUGUCCCGUCUACGGGACACUGGAAAAACCAUGCUGAUUCAUAAGAACAUAUUAAUUACAUUCAUUGAUUAGUGUAUGCAAUAUAUAUUUGUUUUUAAAGUGACUUGCUCGUGGUUUGUAAAAUGCACUUUUUUAAUUACGAAAUAAAGUGUGGCAAAUCAUAAGGAGUGUUAAAACAAAAAUACCAAAAGCUGGAACCUUUCAGCAAAUGUUGAUAUUUGCUGAAAUAUCGUCUUUGAAAACCACAAUUUUCAUUAGCGUUUAUAACGCGAUUCAAAAUUAAUUACGGCCGUGGUGCUGUGUGAUUGGUUGAUUGACAGUAUCACGUGAUGUUAUCAAUGUAUCCUUAAGGGGUCAACAUAUCGACCACUUUUGUUAAAGUCCCGGUGGCCGUGUGAACUAGCCGGGUGUUUUCUUUUUUUCUUGACUUUACCAGCGUGGGCUCGAACCCCACUGAAUCCAACAUGCUUUUUUAUGCUAAAACUGUAUUUUUUUCUGCAUUUUCGUUAUCAUACAGUAAAAAAAUGUUAAAAUAAGUGAUUUCGGAUGCAUUACUGGGAAAACUAAUUUUUGAUCCAAAAGCAUGAGCGAGUCACUUUAACAUUCUUAUUCGUACAGAAAUGCUAAUUAAAGUAAUAAAGCCAAUACCAACCUUUAUCAAGCAUGUAUAAAGUUUAUUUUGACAUUUAUUAUAUUAUCUUACAAAAUAAAGAAAUUAAAUGCUUAAUAAU